UCACUUCUUCCAUAUCCCCCAACCCCUUUUAGAGCUGCAGGAUUUGGAGCAUCUUGUCUUCCUUGCAUGCUUCCUUGGGCUCUUACUCCUUCCUUGUACAUAUUUUUGAAUGCUCCCACCCAAACCUAAAUAGAAAGCAAGAAAAUCAGGGCAGAAUUUCUAGGCCAAUUUACAAUUUAAGUCAGGCUUAAUUUGCUAGGGAUUUUUCGAAGGAAGUGUUAGAAGUGUUCCCACCCUCAUUCUAAGUGCUAUAAUGUGCUCUAUUCUACCCUCUAUUCAGUUGAGUUAUAGGGUGGUAAAAUUGUAGAGUUGAUGGGGACCCCAGUGUCAUUAGUUAUAUCUUAUGGCAGUGCAGGAAAUCCCAGCUAAAGCAUUUUUGACAGUUGGCCUUUAAACCUCUGUGCAGAAACAAAACUGAGUCUGGCAUUUUCAAGGAAGAAGUAUAGAGAACACUGGAAAAGAUGAAACAACUGAAAAGGAAAAGGAAAAGCAAUUUUAGUGUGCAGGAAACUCAAACACUACUUAAAGAAAUCCGAAAAAGGAGAGAUGUGCUUUUUUCCAAACAACUGAAUACAACUAUUAAUGAGAUGAAACGGAAGGCUUGGGAGGAAAUAGCAGAGUGUGUGAAUGCUGUAGGUGAAGGAGAACAGAGGACAGGAACAGAAGUCAAAAGACGAUACCUUGAUUGGCGAGCCCUUAUGAAGCGGAAGCGUCUGAAUACCAACAUAAAACUUGUGGGUGCUGGCUUUCACCUUCCAUCGUCUGAUUUGGACGACUCUCUCAAUGAAGAUAUUGAUGAGAAAAUGGGAUUUCCAAAUGAAUCUGGUUUUGAAUGGCAGAAUAUCACAGACUUCAGAGAAGCAGGUGGAUCAUUAACUGAGAUCAAAGUAGAAGAAGAGGAGGAAGAUCCGCAGAAUUUUGAAUUUCCUAUUGAGGAAGAAGAGGAGAUUCUUUCCUCAGUGUUGCCAGACUCCAAAAAGGAAAGUGAUCUUCCUGAUUUCACCCACAUUGAAGAAUUUGGAAACCUAAGCUCUGCUCAGGCUAGGUUGGCCUAUGAAGAUUCCCAUCUACUGAUUAGCCUGGAGAAACAGAAGCUAGAGCUGGAGAAACAGCGACUGGAUAUUGAAGCAGAACGGCUGCAAGUUGAGAAGGAGCGCCUACAGAUUGAAAAAGAACGGUUGCGGCAUGUUGACCUGGAACAUGAGAAGUUGCAGCUGGAAAAGGAACGGUUACAAAUUGAGCGAGAGAAGUUGAGGCUUGAAGCUCUGCACGCUGAAAAACCUGCCGUGGAGAAUGACUCCAGUCAGUCUGAAAAACCUGCCUUACAGCCUUUGGAUCUAGAAACUGAAAAACUAAAAAUUGAAAAAGAGCGUUUGCAGCUUGAGAAGGAAAGGCUGCAGUUCUUGAAGUUUGAAUCAGAGAAGUUGCAAAUUGAAAAAGAGCGUUUGCAAGUGGAAAAGGAGCGCCUUCGAAUUCAGCGGGAGGGGCACUUGCAGUAAACCUGGAGAAACCAUAAUUAACAAUGCUCUGCUUUGUUGGUUGUACUUUUUUUUUUAAACGAAAGGUAGUGUGGUUUCAGUAAAAGUGUUGAAUAGUUUCAUUGUUAAAGCCUUUCCCAAUCCAGAAGAUCGUGCUUUUGAUACUGUGAUUCUACCUUGACAAUAUUUUAUUUUAUUUUAUUUUUGCCAGAGUUGAACAUUAAUGUGUUCAAGUUUUAAAAGAAACUGAGAAAUUGUGCUCAGUAAGUCUGUGUGCCUGUAUAAAUGGAGCUUAUAUGUGAAAUUGCAUUUCAGUGUAAGAGAAGUGUUAAUACCCUCUUGCAUUCUCUGUUGUAUAGCUUUACAUCCACAUUAAGGAUCACGGCUUAGCUGUAUCUUGUCAUUUUAAGAGUGUUAUAAAUCCAUAGGAGUCUUCAACAUAAAUUUGCAUUUGAUCUGAAGGAAAGAGGUUAAAGCUAGGCCAUACACGUUACAUCGUGUUAACCCUGAAAGAAAUUCAUUUAAUACAAGUUGUAUUCUCCUCAAGAAGACGUUUUGAAGGUGAGAAUUUGAAGCUCUCUGUAAUUUCCAUACUCAGUACAUUUAUUUGUAGAAAAAAAGAAAGUUGAAACUUUGUACAGUAUAAGAAUACAUAGAUUUCAGAAUUUAUUUCUAAGCCAGGCUGUAGACCCUUGGGCUUUGUAGAUAACUUUGGUGACCCACUUUGACAUUCAUAUGUUUGAGCAGGAAUAUACCUUGUGGGAUAGAUACAUAGAUUAUUUGUACAUGUCAGUUUAUUUAUAUCACUAUGUAAUUACUUUUAUUUUGCAAAUAAAGUGUUAUUUUUUCUUACAGA